CCUCUUUUCCUUUCUUCCUGUUUCUUUUUCUUGCCUUUUGAGUUUCCAAUAUUUUAUAUUUGAGAAUUGUAUUGCAUAUAUUUAACAGCCACAAUCAUCACUGUGCUUGUCCUGGCGAUGGGACCUCUGACUAGGACUUGAGGGAAUCUAAUGAGAUUUCUCUCAAGGUUGCUGGCUUUUUGCUACACGGCUCUCAUCUUGCUGAAUGACUGGAGAAUUUAUCACCAUGUUUGGGCCUUAUUUAUAAGAUGUUUUAGGGAGAGGAUGAAACACAUUUUCUGAAAAAGCGGAAAAUCUCUUCUCACCAUGGCUUUGGAAAUCACUUACGCUGAAGUGAGGUUCAAAACUGAAUCGAAGACCUCAGGCACCAAUUCAUUGCCUCCUGAUGCUCCCAAAGAGAAGACCACCUUUCAGCAAAAUAACCCUGGUUUUCUCAGGCUGUUUCUCGCCACAUUACUGAUAUUUUUUCUACUCUUGGCAAUUUCAUUCCUUGUUGCUUUUAUCAUUUUCUUUCAGAAAUAUUCUAAACUUCUUCAAGAAAAGAAGACUCUUACAGAAAGCUCACAAAAGCACUCAGAAUUGGAGUGUAUAAAAACCAGUUCAACCACAGAAGGCUUGUCAGAUCCAGAGGGACAGAGACACUGGCAAUGGGUUGACCAUACACCAUACAAUGAAAGUGCCACAUUCUGGCAUUCACGUCAAUCCAAUGAUAUUUAUAACCAAUGUGUUAUGGUAACCCGUUACUAUCAUCAGUGGGGCUGGAAUGCUGUUUCUUGUAAUAGUAAACUACAUUCAAUUUGUGAGAUGAUGAAGAUCUACUUAUGAAUCAAACAUUCUUCAGGGACAUGUGGUUGGACUGGCAUCCAUCUUUAUAGUGAGAGCUAAUACAUUUGGGUUUAUUUUUAGAGAUGUCAUAGAAUUUUUGGGUAGGUGAUCAACUACUCCACUUAUGAGAAAAUUGGUCCACUUAUUUGUUUAUUCAUGCAUUUUUUCAUCACAAAAUGCUUACCGAACAUUUUCCAUGUUCCAAAGACUAUACUGGAGACCCAUUUUGUGCACAAGUGGAAGGCUUGCUUUCUAACAGCUACCUGAUUGAUAAGGAUUUAUUUACUGAUAAAAUUUUACAAUGUGAUUCCUCCACUUGGCUGUGUUUCUUUCUUUUUUUCUCACUUUGUCAUUAUUGAUGUGUGAUUGACAAAUAAAUCUGUACCUAUUUAAGUUACAUUAUAAUGUAAUGAUGUAACAUACAUAUAUACCCUGAAAUGUUUACCACAAUCGUUUGUUAAAACAUCCGUUACCUAGCAUAGUUAGCACUUUUGUGCACCAAGAUUUAAGACCUCCAAAGGUGUAUUAAAGUUAUGCCAUGUUUGAUGAUAGUUAUUAUGCUGCACAUUAAUUUCUUAUAACUUAAUGAUCUUUUAACUGAAUAUUCAUAUCAUUAAACAUCUCCGUUUUUCCCACACCCAUCACCCUCUAUCAAUCAUUGCACCUUUUGAUUUUAUUUUGUUGAUUUUUCAGUCAUCUUCAUAUAAGUGGGAUCAUGCAAUAUUUAUCUCUCUCUGUUGACAUAUUUCAUUCAGUCUAUGGUCCAUCCUAUUCAUCCAUAUUGUUGCAAAUGAUAGUAUAGCCAUUGUACUGUGGAAAAUAUUUUAAUGUAUUAUAUAUAUAGUGUGUGUGUGCAUGUGUGUAUGUAUUUCUGAGUUUAAAUACAUUUUCAUAUUUUCUUUAUCAAUUUACCCAUGAACAGAUUGUCUCCAUGUCUUCACCAUUGUAAAAAAUACUGUAAUACACAUAAGAGUACAGAUGGGUCUAAAUAGUGCUUUUAUUGUUUUUGACAUAUUCCCCAAACUGGAAUUGUUGGAGGAUAUGGUAAUUCUACUUUUUUUGAGAAUCCUUUAUAUUCCUUUAUACAAUAGGUUUACCAGCUAUUCCUGUCUUGUGAACCCUUAAGCCUUUCAUGUACUUAAAAUACCAGUCAUCUUAACAGAUGAGACAUGAUAUUGCUUUGCAUUUACUAUGGUUCACAUCUGUCUUGGUUUCUAAGGGUUCAUAUAAUAGAAGCCUGGUUCUCAGAGUAGUGGUGCCUUGGGAGAGGUUGACUCUUUGGCAGUACUGUUGGUGCUACCCUAGAGGUAUUAAGGUGGUCUUUCUGGGACUCUGGAUGGUGUUUCCUUUAAUGAAUUUCUACAUCAGUGUUGUAUAGCUUCCAGUAUGCAAAUCUUUGGUCUUUAAUUAUACUUACUACUAAAGAUUUUCUUGUAUUUGAUGCUCAUAAAUCAGAUGAUAUUUUUUCAGAUAAUUUGCUUUUGGUUGUAUAGAGACAAAAUUGAAUUGUUAAUAUUUAUUUUGUAUCUUCCAACUCUACUAAACUUAUUAAUUGACCAAA